GCAGUGGCGGCGGGGCGGCGGGGCGGCCCCGGCUGUUGUUAUUGUGGGGCUCGUCGGCGCCGCGCGAAGAUGGCGGCCGGGCAGGGGGGCGGUGGCGGCAACGGCGGCAACGGCACCGGCAAUGGCAACGGCACGGCGGGGUUGGGCAUCCCCGGUCACCUCACUCUCUCCUUCUCGGCCGGGCCGCACUGGGGCGCGGCCACCCUGCCGCAGCCGCACACGGUGCGCAGCUUAGACCGGGCCCUAGAGGAGGCGGGCAGCUCGGGCAUCCUCUGCCUCAGCGGCAGGAAGCUGCGCGACUUCCCCGGCAGCGGCUACGACCUCAGCGACACCACACAAGCAGAUCUUUCAAAGAACAGAUUUACUGAAAUUCCUCCUGAUGUCUGGCUGUUUGCACCACUGGAAACCUUAAACUUAUAUCACAACUGCAUCAAAUCCAUACCAGAAUCUAUUAAAAACCUGCAAAUGCUUACCUACCUUAACAUUAGUCGAAAUCUUUUAUCAACGUUGCCAAAAUACCUGUUUGAUCUUCCACUUAAAGUUCUGGUUGUCAGUAAUAAUAAGCUGGUCUCCAUUCCAGAAGAAAUUGGAAAGCUGAGAGAUCUAAUGGAGUUGGAUAUUAGCUGCAAUGAACUUCAGGUUCUUCCUCAGCAGAUAGGAAAACUGCAGUCACUUAGAGAAUUAAACAUAAGAAGAAAUAAUCUCCAUAUGUUGCCAGAUGAAUUAGGAGACCUUCCCUUGGUAAAGCUGGAUUUUUCUUGUAAUAAAAUUACAGAAAUUCCAAUUUGUUACAGAAAGUUACGUCACUUACAAGUUAUAGUUUUGGAUAACAAUCCAAUGCAGAUACCACCAGCACAGAUAUGUUUAAAGGGUAAAGUACAUAUAUUUAAAUUCCUCAGCAUUCAGGCGUGCCUCAGAAUAGAUAAAAAACCAGAUUCUUUGGAUCUUCCAUCAUUAGGUAAACGAAUCCCCUCCCAGCCACUCACAGACAGCAUGGAGGACUUUUAUCCCAAUAAAAAUCAUGGACCAGACUCUGGCAUUGGAAGUGAUAAUGGGGAUAAAAGAUUGUCCACGACAGAACCAUCUGAUGAUGAUACAAUCAGCCUUCACUCCCAGGUGUCUGAAUCAACAAGGGAACAGACACUAAGGAACGACAGUCAUGGAAUGGGAAGCAAACUCGAUCCUCAGAAAGACCAGGAGGUGUAUGAUUACAUUGAUCCCAAUGCAGAAGAGGGGGCUGUUCCUGAGCAAGGGGAAGUACAGCUGGGACCAUUGCUAUCUUACAUCAAGGAACGGGGAAAACAUCCUGAGAAAUCCCAGAAAAUAGAACAGAAUGAGGACUGGGGGGAUGAAAAAAGAGUUCAGAAAGAACGUCUGCUGGCCGAAGAUGAUGAUGAACUCAAAGAAGUGACUGACUUGAGAAAAAUAGCAGCUCAGUUACUGCAGCAAGAACAAAAGCACAGACGAAGGCCAUUAAGCUAUAGAACUUCAUUCAGUGAAAAGCUCUUCCAGAGGACAAGGGCGGCAGGACGUGCAUCAAGGCUUCUUAAUCAUUCAGUUUCAGUAAGCACAAGGAACAGGCCAAAGCAGCCAAUGGAAUCGGAAAAAUGUGUCUUGGCAGAUGAAGUGAGUUCCCCCGUGUCCCCGUACAGCUGGCAGCCACUGGAAAACCAGAAGGAUUCGAUGGACGAGCAGCGUUGGCCAGAGACACAGCCAGUGAUUUGGCAGAAUGAAGAAAGAAGGAGAAGUAAACAAAUCAGAAAAGAGUAUUUCAAGUAUAAGUCUUCCAGAAAGAGUUCAAGUGGAAAUGAAAAUGAUGAGCAAGACAGUGAUAAUACUAAUGUGUCCCCACAGUCUCCUGUGUCGUCUGAGGAUUACGAAAGGACGGAUGGUAACAUUCAUGGUCCGUUUGGUCUCAAACCAAGGUCAGCUUUCAGCCGUGCAUCUCGCCCAGACUACGGUGCAGUGGAUCCUGGAUUUACAAUGAGGAGAAAAAUGGAGCAUUUAAGAGAAGAAAGGGAACAAAUACGACAGCUUCGCAAUAAUCUUGAAUCAAGGUUAAAAGUAAUUUUGCCAGACGACAUCGGAGCAGCAUUGAUGGAUGGAGUGGUUCUUUGCCAUUUAGCCAAUCACAUACGGCCACGCUCUGUUGCCAGCAUUCACGUACCAUCGCCAGCAGUGCCUAAACUCAGUAUGGCAAAGUGCCGAAGAAAUGUUGAAAACUUUCUUGACGCUUGUAAAAAAUUGGGCGUUCCACAGGAGAGACUUUGCUUGCCUCAUCACAUUCUGGAGGAAAGGGGUCUGGUGAAGGUUGGCCUCACAGUUCAAGCUCUGCUUGAAUUGCCGACAUUGAAAGUAUCUCAGCUUUCCUCCAUGUGACGUGACUUCUUGAAGGCAGACAGUUUACCAUUCUAUCUGUCCGUUGGAUUGCUCUGAAGCAGUUCAGCUUCCUCCGUGGGAACAUCCAAGCCAUCAAAAACUAGUAUCUGUCCAGAUGCUGUGGAGAGCCUUACUUUGGAGUUGUAUGUGAAAACCUUGGAGUCAGCUGACAGUUAUAAGAACACAAUUAUUCUUUUUUUUCUUUUCUAAUUGGAUGCACAAAGAGAUUGCGGUAGCAUCAGGUUCUCUUUCCCGUUAAGUUAAAAGCUGCCAUUUAACAGCUCACAGUGUUACAGUUAAAUGCUGGAUUUCUGUUCCUACAUUGAAAAUGUUGUUUGAAUUUUUUUCAGAAGUACAAAGCACGCCUUCCCCCUUUAAUCUUUCCAGUCAAUCAUUUGAUUUAAAGGUAAGACAAAAAUGUAGCCGUGGUAUGAUGGUAAAAAUGCGAGCGACUGAUCACUUUUAAUCCACUUUCACUCUCUCGGAAAGCUUGAUAUUUGCGUUCUUUAUUUUUUGCACUCCUGAUUGUGACUUACACACUUCUAACAUUGCCAGUAUUUACUCUGAGUGUCUGGUGAUUACACAAAGCAGUGUACAAUGGGAAAAGGACACAUUUUAUUGAGUUUUUUCCAGUCUUCUAGGUUGGUGCCAAAUAUUUUUUCUUUCAGUUGUACUGUAGAUUGUUUACAUGUGAAGUGCCUGUGUAAUUGAUAACUCUUAAUAGUCUUAAGCAUUUUUGAAAUUUCUUUGUUUAAAAUAGAUAAAAUGGAAAUUUUUAAAUAUUUUAAUAGUUUUUUGUAAAAUCAGUACGUGAAGAUUUAAGUAAUACUUCACAUUUUUCAUGUUGGGUGUUUUAAGUUUGUUGCACAAUCUAAUUGGUUAUUUUGUUGUCUAAUAAUUAGAAAUUACUGUAAAUACUUUUUAUUUAUGAUAUUUAAUUUGAUAAUACCUAAUCACUUUUGGUUUAAUGUAUUGUUGGACAAAAAAGUUGUCUACUUUUCUUUGGUUUUGACAAAUAUACAUGGUGAGACAUGAGGACUAGUGAUGCACACAGAGUUGUUUGGGACAUUUUGAUAAAACUGCCAAAAUCUCAGGUUUACGCUGUGACUUUCAGGAUAAUGUGUAAUAUUGCUCCUGAUCUCACAUUACAUUUUUACAACAGGUAUAUCCAUAAUUUAGUUGAGAAAAAUCAGUGUUUAUCUUUUUAGUGUUUACGGGACUUAUUGUGUAAUUUACCGAAGUGUGGCAUAGCACACAAAUCAGUUUGUACAGACGUCACUGUGCUGAGACAUUAGACUUUUCUGGAUAAAUGUGAAAAAUUUCCACUGCGGUGGGUUUUUCUUGAGACGUUUGAGUUUAUGUAUUUGUUUGCUUCUGCACAAAUUCUCUGUGUUUUGAGAAUAUUCUGAAACCAUGCACAGUUGAGUUCUUCUCCGAACGAGUUGCAAAUAAUUUCAUAAUUUUAGUAAUAAAUCUGUUUGCAUUAGUUUGUUCUUCGUGAAUAGGCAGUUCAAUUAAAAAAAGUUCUGACUGUCACAGAUUUUUUUUUUUUUUUUUUUAUUUCAGGCUAAGCUAAUUUUGGUUGAGGGAUAUGUUUGCCAAGCAUGUAACAAGAUUUGAUUCUGUUCUUUCCAGUUGAUGGAGACCCCAUGUAAUAUAAUUCAUAAAAGAAUGAGGGCGGGGUAUUGUUCACUCCCUGCUUCAUUCACUGUAGUCCUUAAAAUCAAUAGCUGAGUAGAAAAAUAACCUUUUUUUGAUGACAAGAUUUUUUUUUUUAAAAGAUACAUUAUUUUUAAAUCCAUUGAAACAAGCUGAUUCAUGUAUAAAAGUUAAAACCCACUAUUAUUUAUUUAGUGUUUUCUUACAGUACAGCUCGUGGAGAGGCUGGUGUAGAACUUAAUUUGCAAAGUCCUAGGUGUAAGUCUUAGGUUACAUAAAUACUUGUCGAAGGAAACUGAAUUGCUUUGACCUUUGAAACAUGGUAUUUCAAAUCUCACUAAUUGUUUUUUAAGUCAUUCACAUAAUAGUCAUUUUAACGAUUUCAAUAUCUAUUUUUCAUCAAGGGCGGUAUCUGAAAAGUCAUGCUAAGACUAAAAUGAAAAAGUACUAUAAUUCAUUACCAAAAUGCUUGUUGUAUGCUACAUUUGAAGAACAACCAUUCAAGAAGAGUAAGUCAUUGUCUCUCCAUUCCUUGCUACGGUACUUGACAACAACCAAGUUCUCUUUCAGUGCGUUAGCCGCAGAGCUGCUAACUGUAAAUUGUCACUGUCAGUUACGUGGUCUAAACUGAUCUUCCCUACUAUGUCAUUGUCAUGGUUAAAUAUGUUUUCUGAUCUUAAAGUAACUUUUCUCCUACUAGACCUAAAUUUAUAAAGUUAUAUCACAGUGUAAAGAUUAAGAAUUCCCUUGAUGUAGCAUGCCAGUUUAACUUUUUUUUAGGCUUAGUUUAUUUCAUAAGUAACUUGAAAACUGGAUAUAAAAUUAAUGUAUUCAUUUAAACUGUAUCUCUGAAGUUGAAAACUACUAAAACAACUUUUCUUUUUUUAGUAUUAUGGAGUUCUUCCCCACAAACAAGUUAGAAACAGUCUUGCUUUGCCAUUCAUUGGAAAUUAUUAUAGCCGCCUUCAUGCUAAUGGGGAAGGAUAAUCAUGAUUCUUCCAGGGCUUCCUUUUUAGCAUUGCAAAGAUUAAAGCCUACAAGUAAUUCUAGGAGCAGUCUGAGAAAAGGUCUUCUGUGCCUGGAUGAAUCUUUUUCUCAUCUUUCUGUAGCUGCUUUUACAAAUAAUAAUAACCUAAAGCCUUGCUAAAAUUGUCUGUUCCCAUCGUGAUUUUUUUAGGAGCAACUGCAAAAAAGAUGCUAAAGAAUUUUAAGUUUUAAUUUUAAAGCAGCCUGUGGAAAUUGUUGCUGUCUUCCCUGUACUAGAGUUUGCUUACUGUCCCCCCUUGCUCUCCUUCCAUUUGAUUCCCAGCAUCUUCUUACUUAUUUUUGUUUGCUCAUAGAUUGAGUGACUUCCUGUUGUUCAUUACUGCAUGCCACUUGCCUCCUUCCUCUUUACUUUUUUUUAAAGAAAUCACUCCAGUGGCGUCGGUGAACUGCUGUGAUUCCCGAAUCCCUGCUCCCAACAUUUAGUAUGUUUGAGAUACCCUUUUUGUAUUUUGUUUAGGAUGCAAUGUCAUUACUUAAUACUUGGUGCAACUGGUAGGAUGCUUAAAAACAGAGGCCUGCCCAAUUCCUGUUGUAGUCACUCAGUUUUCACUUUGGAUGUGAAGAAAAGUCAACAUUAAAAGCUUUAGGAAACUGCACUAGGUUUUCCUAAUAAAUUUAAGAGUUAACUAGGGUGCUCUUGUUAUUGUGAAUGCUAUACAAAAUUACUGCAAUAAUGUGGUAUGAGCUGUCAAUCACAGAGUGAAUCAACAACAAGGGCUUCUGGCCUUGUAUGGUUUCCUAUUUUUUUUUUUUUAUGUCACUGGAUGCAGUACAACGCACAUGAAUGAUCUUUCUUUUAAGCAAUAAUGUCCCAGAUAUUGUGAGAUCUUAAAGCAGCAGCAUUAAAAUAAUCAUUGUGAAGUGUGGCAGGGUCCCACAUGGUGUCUCAGAAACGCCCUGCAGCUGGGGCCUUCCAAAACACAACCAAGCGCUAAAACUGUUAUAAAAUAGGGAAGAACACAUUUGUAACAAUAACUUAACUAUGACCUGAAUCAUAAGGAUUUCUAGGUAAAAUCCUAGCUGCACUGAAGUCAAUGCAAGUUUUUGCUCUUGACUUCAGUAAGGGAUUCACCUUUUUAAUUAAUGGCACGCGCGAGCUGCAGACCAUAGGAAAUGUGGCUUAAACUGGCCAUGCUUUAGUGUCAAAUUCUUGACUAAAAAUAGCGAUCUCGGGUAAGUCAAAGGAAGCCGUAAAAUUUAUUUAAUACAAAUUUUCUGAUGUGCCAUAUGCAGUAUUAAGAUGAUAGAAAAAGUCACUUUGAAGCACAGCUUUCCUGCCCUGGGAAGGCGGUGCGUCACCUCAGCGAAACUGCAGAGGAGGCCUACCAGCAGUCUUUACCGCGCUAAAAACGUUAUUUCAAAUAUUGUUUAGCGUCAGCCUUCUCGGCUUUUGACAUAAAUCCGUAGCCAAAUUCAAACAAAAAAUGAGAAGGCGUCUGUUUUCACUAAAGCUGGAUUUCCACCAGUCGUCUCUGUAUCAAAGAGAAGGCCCGAGGGCCUGGCACUUCUUCCUGCUGCUGGACGAAGGGAGGUGCUGGAUUUAAUCCAGCAGCCAUCUUCCUGCUGGGAUGGAGCUGGGGGCACGGUAAUAAUGCACCUCAUUUCAACUGCCAGCAACUUGCAGGAGAUUUUUGCACUUUCUGCAGCUGGGAGAUGAUUUUUGUAUCGGUAAAUCAAAUUUCUCUUUCCUCACUAAGUCAGACUAAUGUAUGUGUUUCUUUCAAGAGGUACGUCCUAUUAAACGGCAACCUCUGCUUGAAAACCAAAAGCAAAUAAACUAAACGCCACUCCAACACGCACAAAACUGGGGAAAUAUAUCCUGUUUACAGGUGACUCUUUGGAAUUUAAAAAAAAAAAGCGAUUAAGGUGACGAAUGGGAAAGGCGAAGUGUGGUUGUCCGGGGAGAGGGUGCUCUGAGUUGAUUUCGCGUUGAACCACUUCCCAGUGAAAAGCCUUUAGAUUUAGUAGCGAAAGAAAUAGAUGUUUUUUCACUGUUUUGUGCAGGGGGAGGCGAAUCCUUCAGCCCACGGUGCUCCCCGCAGAGGGUCCAGUGACAGGAGCGUGUGUGUUUUGGCUGGCCGUGUCCUGGGGCUGCAGGGAGCAGUGUCAGCCUGCGGGGCUGUGUCGUCGCCGGGCUGGCCCCUGCCUGGCCUCCUCAGAAGGAGACACAUCUCCUUGCUCCACGCUCCUCCUGCAGAAGCUGUGGAAUUCUUUUUAAAUAGAUGUUUGUGAUCUGAAUAGAAAUGCUAAGGAAAGCGGUAGCUUUACUUGAGAGUACUAGACAGCAGAAGUUUACCACCGGUUUGAAUUCCAGCAGCAAGGAGCGCUGUGGGGAGCAGAGGAGCCUUGUGCUGGGACCUCAGAGCAUCCCCGAGCGGAGGUUGCACCACGGCUCUUACAAGUCAGCGUGGCACUUGUCCCCUCACGGGAGCCAGUCACAGCAGUCCCUUGGCAGAGGGAGGGACAGAGACAGUCCCUGUCUCUUGUCCCGUAGCAGCACACUGGGAUAUCUGGAAUAAUUUACAAAUGGAGGGAAAUGCCAUCUGUAUUUUUUUUAAUCAGGAAGUCUAUAGCGCAGAUCUUUUUGGUGAAAUAAAUACGAAGGUAAAAAAUUAUUCUCUUCCUGUGAGGAAAACUUCUGCUGAUCUUGACUGUUAAAAUACAGAACGUAUGUGAUUAAGGGAAUUUUAGAUUAAACUUGCCACUGCGCAGGAGCCAUUCUGGCUCCUCUGUUCCUUAUGUAAUAAAAAGCCAUUUUGCUUUAUUUGUCUUUAACUAUUUCAUAUAGUACAGUUCUGACAACAUACUAUCUUAAAACUGGGGUUGUGUGCAGUAUUUGUUCCCUCAUUGGUUUUGACCUUUUUUUUUUUUUUUUGCCCUGCAAAAUUGCUGUAAGCUACCUGAUUAAUUUCUAUGGAAGGAAUGCAAAUUAUCAAAAUGACAUAAUCAGUCAUUUCUAGUUUACGUGUUUUAUGGCCAACUACAUUUUCAAAGAAGAAUUAUUUUUUUCCCUACAUGUUUUAGAAUCCUGAUCUUAAAACAAACAAAACCAAAAAGUCUUUCCAGAACUAUUUUAGUAUCUUACCGAGUGUUGAAAGAGAAAAAUAGCUCAAACUGACAGGAAAUUGAAUUGUUUUGGGAAACUUUCCAUUUUGGCAGCGUUAGGUUUACAGUUGGACUCAAUGGUCUUAACAGUCUUUUCCAACCUAAAUGAUGCUAUGACUUCAGUGGAACCAGAAUUUCCCUCAAUAGUUUUGUAACUGAGCUACAACAUGAAGUCAGUCAUGUAAAAUGAAUUCUUGGCACUAAUGAGGAUUUCCUCACUUUCAAAAUUAUAUGAAAUAAGGCAAACGUAACUUCCCCCCCCCCAAUAGUUUUAUGAAGGCAGAUUGUGAAAUGGAGAAUAUUUGGAAAUAAUUUGGAAAUAAUUACAAGGAUGCUUUUUUUUCGCUUUUGUUUCAUUUUGACGUUCGAGUGACCCAGCGGCAUCUUUCCAGGAUCGCUAUGUCUGUCCCAUGCCUGGCGCGGAGGCUCCCCGGGGUAUUAACGCGCUUCCUGUGGCCUGUGCCCACCCUGGCUGCGGUUCCCCGUGGGCGCUGCAGAGGCAGGGGGGGUUCAGUGGAUUUUCUUGCGAAUAAUGUAAAUGCUUUUUGCUCUUCUGUAAUGCGUAGAACGAGGGAAAUGCGUUUGCUUUUUCCAUUCUCAUUCUGGUGGUGUUCAGUUGUUUUAUUUUGUAACUGGUGGUUCUAGAAUGGGUACGGGAAGGUGUGCGGCCGUGGCAGGAGGAGGUCUGAGGCACAGCUGGAGAGUGACCGCUUAAAAAUGGAUGCCUAAUUGUGUAUAUACUUGCAACAUUUUUGAUAGUGCAUUUUAAUUCAUUUUGCAUUUCAUGUUCUUGUAAAGCCCAUCUUCCACAUUCCUGAAGAUUGUCUCCUUGUACUAUACUGUAUUAAUUCCUUUUUCAGGACUUCCAUUAUUGCUGGAGCUUCCGACAUAAUGUUCCUUUUGAAAAAUGUUCCUAUUGUUAUUUUUUUUUUUGUAAAUAGCUUUUUUGUAUUAAAUUUGCAUGGAUAAACCCCCACAUUUCCAGAAAGCAGUGUACAUACUCUCUGUAUAAAAUACAAACUGUUUCAUAACUUUCA